AUGGCGUUGGUGGCAGGUCGAAGUCAUUGGCUACCGCGAAAGUGUUUUGCGGUGACGUGCAACUACACUCUGCCGAGAGCGACAGAGGCAGAUGGAUCGCCUCGCACCGCCGAGUGUGACGGCCUCCGCUGUGAGGAGUGCAACGACCUCUUCUCCUCGCACGACUUCAACAGGCACUGGAAGACGCACGGGGCGCGUGAGCGCAAGUUCUUCUGCCGCUACUGCCCCUACUCGAGCGACUAUGGGAGCACCAUCACGCGCCACGAGAUGACGCACACGGGCGAGAGGCCGUACGCGUGCAACGUCUGUGGCCGGGCUUUCGGCACCAAGCACCACCUGGUGACCCACCUGAGGAGCCACACCGGGGAGCGGCCGUACGACUGCGACAUGUGUGACAAGGCUUUCAUGACGUCCUCGGACCUGAGCCGCCACAAGAAGACGCACGCCAGCGACGCGCCUUUCGUGUGCCGGGAGUGCGGGAAAGGGUACGCGUGCAAGGAGAACCUCUUGGCGCACUGCAUCUUGCACUACAAGAGUAAGUCGUGAGGCCGGUUCCCGUGUUUGCGUUUUAGCCUGACCGAGUCUGCUGCCCUCGCUUGUGACUGCUUACGUCGAGAGAACCCGCAAGGAUGGAUUUAAAGGGGGAGGAGGGGUACAAUGGGGGGUGACCGCCCCCUCUUCAGUCCCAAAAGGCAAU